AUGCACAAGGAUUGGGCUGCCUUCAAGGCAUUUAAGAAGAAAGUUGCGGAUGAUGAGAGUCGUGUUGCUCAGUUAAAGGCUAAGCUAGAAGCUGAUCAGGCCAAGUUUGAAGCUGAUCGAAAAACUGAAGAAUGGUCCGUUGCGGGCUGGAAGAGGAAAGCGGAAGCCGAAGCUGCCCUCCUUUCCGAGGAACGCAAGAACUGGAAGAAGAUUUGUGAAAAAGACAAUGCUGAAAAGGUGAAUCUCCGCAAUGUUAUCAACAAUCUUAAGGCUGAGAUUGAGAAAUUGAUGAAACAGGAUGCGGAGGUUGAAAAGUUGAAGAAGGAAAAAACUGAUGUGGAAGCUGCGCUAGAUGAGGCGCGUUCCCAUAGGGAGCGCAGUGAACAACGAGAGGUACAUGCCUGCGCCACUCUUGCUCUUAGGGAAAAAGAGAUAGAGAAACUUACCUCUUUGUUUUCUGACCAGGAACAACUUAAAAAAGAUUUGGAUCUUGCGCAUUCCGAAAUAGCUGAAGCCUCCCGCUGUUUAACUGAAACUGAAGAGAAACUGGAGAAUUUUGAAACAGCGCGGGCCACAGUGGAAAGCGAGCUUGAACCUUUGAAAAGUGACAUGGCAUGGCUGUGGGAGCGUGAGAUUGCCUGUGUUGCUGAGUCAGUGUUGAAUUUUGAAGAGCUGGAUAAGACUGUUGCACGCUUGGUAAUUGCUGUGCGGAAUGACGGGUAUGCCCAAGGUUAUGCUGAAUGUUCGCAGCAUGUGAAUAAUGCUCUGAAGGUUGACUGGGAUACCAGUAAAUCCGCCACUUAUGGUGCCAACACUGGUGCCACCUUUGCAGCUUUAAAGACAGAAUUCGAUAAUUUGCAGCUUCCUGUUAUGGACCUUAUAAAUGUUGCCUUGCAAUCUGAAGAUCACGUGGUGCAGUUGAAGGAGAUUUUCCCUGAUGAAGAUGAAAAUCUAGCAUAG